GUAAAAUCUUUGUUUCUGCUUUUAGUUUAAAUGCAAUUACUAAAACUGUCCUUUGUUAUUUACAGAGCAAUUGGAAAUAAAAUAAAAAUGGGGAAGCUUACACUUGUUGCAGGUUUGGGCUUGGUGCUAUGCCACAUUGCUUUCUCCAUGGAAAUGGGCUGUUACUUCACUAACUGGUCUCAGUACAGACCUGGAAUUGGAAAGUAUAUGCCCUCAAAUGUCGACCCUUUCCUUUGUACACACCUUUUCUAUGCUUUUGCAAUGGUCAACUAUGCCAACGAGCUUGUCACCUAUGAGUGGAACGAUGAGACUCUAUACAAGGCCUUCAAUGAACUGAAGAAUCGAAACCCCCAUCUUAAAACUCUCCUGGCUGUUGGUGGAUGGAACUUUGGUUCAACACAGUUCUCCAUCACGGUGUCCACUGCUGAAAACCGUCAGAAGUUCAUUCAGUCUUCCAUCAAGUUCCUGAGAACUUAUGGAUUUGAUGGUAUGGACUUGGACUGGGAAUACCCUGGAUCAAGAGGAAGCCCUCCUGAAGACAAACAAAGAUUCACACUGCUGUUGAAGGAACUUGUUGAGGCCUAUGAGGCUGAGGCCAAAGCCACUGGCAGAGCCAGACUGAUGUUGACUGCUGCUGUAUCAGCUGGUAAAGGGACAAUUGAUGAUGGAUACGAGAUUGCAGAAGUUGCCAAGUACUUGGACAUCAUCAAUGUGAUGACUUAUGACUUCCAUGGAACUUGGGAAAGAUUCACAGGCCACAACAGCCCCCUGUACCAAGGCUCAGAGGACGAGGGAGAUUUGAUCUACUUUAAUACCGACUACGCUAUGCGCUAUUGGAGGGACAAUGGUACCCCUGUGGAGAAACUCAGAAUGGGAUUUGCGACAUACGGUCGCACUUUCCGUCUGACAUCUUCAGAUACUGGCGUCGGAGCCCCAGCUAGUGGACCUGCUUCAGCUGGAAGCUACACUCGUGAGGCUGGAUUCUGGUCUUACUAUGAGAUCUGUGGAUUCCUAGAGGGAACAUCACUCCAGUGGAUUGAAGAUCAGAAGGUGCCUUAUGCCACAAAGAAUGGCGAGUGGGUUGGAUUUGACACCAAGGAGAGCUUCGAAACUAAGGUCCGUUAUCUGAAAGACAAGAAGUUUGGAGGAGCAUUUGUCUGGGCGCUUGAUCUGGAUGACUUUGCUGGACAGUUCUGUAAUCAGGGGAACCAUCCUCUCAUGGGCCAUCUGCGCAAUCUUCUGGAUAUCGAAUUGCCUCCUCUGCCUCCAACCACCACCCUCAAACCCGGACAAACAACCACGAAAACUACCACAACUACCACCACCACCACUCAUCCUCCAGGACCAGGAUUCUGUAAUGGAAAGCCAGAUGGACUCUAUCCACAUCCCGAAGACCCCAACAAAUUCUAUAACUGUGCUGGAGGCCAAACUUACGUGAAUAAAUGCGGUCCGGGCACCGUGUUUGAUAACAGCUGUAAGUGCUGUGACUGGCCUAAACACUAAGGGACCACUAAUGUGAAAAAAAGUGGAACAGGACACUGCAAAUUUGCAUAAGCACACAAGAAGAAUCAAACCUAAACAUCUUCGACUACGACUCUUUUAUUUAAAGGAAAUUAGUGUGGACUGAAAAUCAUUCUCAAUGUGCUUUUUUUCCCCAUUUGAGUGUAUUUUGAAACUGUAUAAUUCUUGUUUUUGAAUAAAUCCCCCAUAAAUCUA